UAGUCCCAUUCUGAACACACAGGUGUGUUUUAUUCUCCUCCAGCAGGUGGCGGUAGUGCAUCUUUACGCUGGUCACCGACCACCAGAAGAAGCAGAAACCGGAAGCUGCUAGCAGAGCUAGCUUGUUGUUGUUCUGGUGUGUGAGGAGAAUAUUUGAGGCUCUGCAGUAAAAAUGUCUUCACUUCAGUCUCUGGGAGAGUUGAUCAGCUAAAGCGACUAACUGCUGCUGCUGCAGAAAUCUUCUCACCAGGCUGUGGAAACUUUCUUCUCCUCCUCAACAACUUGGUGGAGUUCUUUCCAGAACCAGAGAAGAUAUUCUGCGGUCUUCGUGACAAUCGGAGCUCCAGAAUCAGGUUGUGGCUGUUAGCUAAACACGGCUAAAGAAAACCUGCUACCACUUCAGGAUCAUCCAUCAGCUGGGACUGAUUCAUCGUGUGUUCUUCACCACCUGGACCUGGACAGCAUGGACACAGGUGAGAAACAUCUGUAAAAGCCAGAUCUGGUGCAGGAAAAUAGCUGAACAGGGAGUGGGGACACACUUUGCCUUCUGCGGUUAUGUUCAACAGAUGGUGCAGGUUAAAGAAGAUCCUGAAGAACAGAGUGCUGGUGUGUACCAGCAGGACCCAGAACACCUCCACAUAAAGGAGGAAAAGGAGGAACUCUGGACCAGUCUUAAGGGAGAACAUCUCUGUUUGAAGGAGGAGACCGAUUCUGCCUGGUUUCAGUUCAGUGCUGUUUCUAUAAAGAGUGAGGGUGAUGAAGAGAAACCUCUGGUUUCACAGCUUCAUCAGCAGCAAAUAGAAGACAAAGAUGUUCCAACCAGCAGCUCAUCUGACCAGAUGACAGCAGAAACUGGUGGAGGAGCAGGAACUAGCAGGAACCCAGAUCUGAACCCUCAUGAACAAACAUCUGAUUCUUCAGAGACUGAAGUUAGUGGAGAUGAUUAUAUGAAUCCAGACUCUGGGAUGUCAGACUCUGGGUCUGAAACUGGAGAUGAAGGCCAUGACUGGAAUGAGAAAAGGUCUUCUGAGUCAGAUGUUAAGACAGUCAACAUAUCUUUUAGCUGUCUUGAGUGCGGUGAACGAUUUCAUGACAAGCAGUCUCUCCAGAAACACAUGAGAGUAACCAGUCAUUCAGCAAUCAGGUCUUCCAGCUCUUUGGUCAAUAAAAAAUCUGUUGGACUUAAGCAACCUGUAGACUCAUAUAGGGAAGUCCAGAAAGAACUAAAAUCAUUUAGUUGUGGUGACUGUGGAAAAAUAUUUCGUACAAAAUCAAGUUUUAACAGACACCAGAGAGUCCACACAGGACAGAAACCUUUUGCCUGUGAGCUCUGUGGAAAAAGAUUUACCCGUAAGUCAAAUUUCAACCGUCACGUGAGAGUCCACACAGGAAAGAAACCUUUUGCCUGUGAGCUCUGUGGAAAUCGAUUUACCGAAAAGUCGACUUUAAACAAUCACAUGAGAGUCCACACAGGACAUAAACCUUUUGCCUGUGAGCUCUGUGGAAAUCGAUUUAUCGUAAAGUCGACUUUAAACAAUCACAUGAGAGUCCACACAGGACAUAAACCUUUUGCCUGUGAGCUCUGUGGAAAUCGAUUUAUCGAAAAGUCGACUUUAAACUAUCACAUGAGAGUCCACACAGGACAUAAACCUUUUGCCUGUGAGCUCUGUAGAAAAAGAUUUACCAAAAAGUCAGGUUUAAACAGACACAUGAGAAUCCACACAGAAGAAAAACUGUUUGCUUGCGAGCUCUGUGGAAAUCGAUUUACCCAAAAGUCAGCAUUAAACGAUCACAUGAGAGUCCACACAGGACAGAAACCUUUUACCUGUGAGCUCUGUGGAAAAAGAUUUACCCAAAAGUCAACUUUAAACAAUCACAUGAGAGUCCACACAGGACAUAAACCUUUUGCCUGUGGGCUCUGUGGAAAAAGAUUUACCCGUAAGUCAAAUAUAAACAGUCACAUGAAAAUCCACACAGAAGAAAAACAGUUUGCUUGCAAGCUCUGUGGAAAUCGAUUUACCAAAAAGUCAAGUUUAAACAAUCACAUGAGAGUCCACACAGGAUUGAAACCAUCUGGUUGUGAGCUCCGUGGACAAAUUUAAAGUGACGGUGUGUACUUUCCCUGGCAAUAGGGGGCAGUACAAACCUAAAUGAUUGCAAGCAAGCAGUAUUUUUGUGUUCAAGUAACCCCUGCUUUCUACCGGAGCCGUCAGCAGCACGUCAUAGCUGCUGAUAGGAACCGCUGUGGUCAACAGAACCUUUUCCACUGGAGCCGUCAGCAGCGCGAGUCGGCCGCGUCUCAGGAGCAGCAUGUCGCGGCCUUUACACGCUGGUUCUAUUUUCUACGCGCGACGCCUCUGAAACGGGUCAAGUUCGACAUUUUUGGGGAAGGAAAGACAGGAAAUCGGACGCGGAAAUGGAGAGAAGCUCCCGAGAUUUUCGGAAUAAAGAAACGUACUGCCUUCCGGCUGCUUUACUUUUAAGAAAAGUUACUAAAUGUGCGGCCCCGUGAGAAGUAAGUUAUCACCUAGCUAGGGGUCUCCUUUGUUUUUCAGGUCCGUAUUGGCGAUUAUAAAACGGACAGAACAUAAAACACAAACCUUUUGGAGCCAUGUUGUAGUUUUCUCCUGCUUGUUGUUGUGUUUACUGACGAAGUCACUCGUGUGACUUCGUGCUCGGUCGGUGACAGCUGCUCCCCUGCUGCUUCGCGUCUCGUGGGAAGGGCCAAGCAGCAGCUUACGUGAGCAAGACGUGCUGCUGCAGUAACGUGCUGCUGACGGCUCCUGUGGAAACCCGGGGUAAGACUUUACCAAUGUAAAGUGAAGGCUAUUAGGAUCAAAAACAUCUGCACUUUUCAAACAUGUACUUUGUCAGAUCUCUGCUGCAGGGGUGGGGGUUGGUUGUUUGUGCUCCCGACUGACCCAUGUUCAGUUGUGUCAAGUAUUUUAGACUUCUAUGUUUUUACACUGCUUUUAACUCAUUCACUGCCAGCCGUUUCCUUGUCAGAAAAGCCCUUUGCUGCCAGCAUUUUUCAGCAUUUUCACUGUAUUUUAAGAGUCACAGAUUGUUGCGCGCUAGGACGAUGCAAAUGCCAAAAAUAGCAAAACAAAGAGUAGACUCACCUCUAAAAUCUGGAAGAAUCCGCGUGUUUCAAGCGUUAUCCGUUUUUUAAUAACCCAUUGUUGAAUUGUUAUCAGCAGAAGCUUUUCCGGUUUGAGCCUAACUUUUUUUACAGCGACGGCCCAAAACGAUCUGCUAACACAUGGAUUUUCUGCUUCCUGAUCACGUGAUGUGUGACGUACGCAGAUGAAGAUUGGCUUUAGAGCUGGGAUGUUUGUUCUUACAGUGCGGAGGCUCGUUCCGACACCCACAUUGUAAAAAAAUUGGUAGUUCAUGAGUUAAGUGUUAUGGUGGUAGGGUUAGGGUCAGGGUUGAGGGGUUUACAGACAGAGUGACUUCUUACUAGGCUUCCAGCAACAAAAUGGGGUUUAAUAUAACAUUUAGUUGACUUAAAGGUGCACCUAAAAGCACAACUUCUCUUCUUUUGAUAAAAGCAAUGUUUGGGAUCCUUAGCACAAAAAUGUCUUUUAGCAAAAGGUGUAUCUAAAAUUAUAUAAUAUUUUAUAAGUCUCUUUUUUUAUAUACACAGAUUCCAUCCUUUGCUUCAGUUUUCACCAAACACAAUACAAUAUAGAUCCAUUGCAUAUUAUUGUUUACAUCCAGGUAACUGAGCACAUCCACACUAGCUGGAGGGCUAGAACCCCAUCUCCAGCCGUUACCCAGAGCUGUAUCUCCAUGAUUUAAGUUAACAAAAUAAAACCUAGGCAUUCAGAUAUGACUACUUUAGAUUAUUUAACACAUCUUGGUGUAGAUGAACAAAAAAUAAACAUCUCUAAGCUAAUGAUGUUUAGCACAAAACUUCCAGAUGAGUUUGAAAUAGCUAGCUAGCUAGACGACAGUCCUCAGAACUCUGUCUGGAGUUCUCACCGCUGAACCGAAGGAGUGUAAGGAGCAUAAUUAUAUAAUAAAAGUCCUUAGAUGGUGGCUAUAAUUUGUUGGUUUCUGGAAAUGUGAGGCGGAUAUUUUUACACGUAGUCCUCAGUGUUUUAUAUCUAAUUCUAUUGUUCAUUUUUGUUUUGUCCUUUAUUGCUGUAAAGCAUACUGAGUUGCCUUUGUUUGGCAAAUGUGCUAUAUAAAUAAAGCUGUCUUGUCUA